AUGCGCCGCUUAAGAGAGCAUCAAUGGCGUUACUUCGUUUCAAUCUCGAAUCCAUCUCCAAGACGCACCCAUGGCUUCUCCUCCUUCUCCUUCCAUUCAAAAAUUGAUCCAAAUUCCGAACAACAACAGCUUCUCAUUGACACCAUCACUAAAUCAUUGCGAGACGGCGAAAACUGGGACACUCUAUCCACCAAAUACUCCUCCGUCGUCUUCUCCGAUCCCCUCGUCGAGAAAAUCCUCCUCCGUUUCAAACAACCAGAAACCGCCAAACGCGCACUAACCUUCUUCCACUGGUCAGCCCGAACCAGCAAUCUCCGCCACGGAAUCUCCACUUACGCCGUCGCGAUCCACAUCCUAGUCAAAGCUCGACUGCUCAUCGACGCUCGAGCUCUAAUCGAAUCGGCUCUGUUAAAUUCUUCUUCGUCUCUACUCGAUUCGUUGCUCGCUACUUACGAGGUCUCUUCCUCUACACCUCUCGUCUUCGAUUUGCUGAUUCAAGAGAUCGCUAAGCUUCGAUACCUGGAAUUAGGGUUCGACGUUUUCCAGAAACUAAUCGCCGAUCGCCGAUUCUCUCCGAGCGUGAUCACGUUAAACACUCUCCUCCAUUUCUCGGCGAAAUCGAAUCGGAUCGAUCUCGUCUGGAGAAUCUACGAGCUCGCGAUCGGUAAUCGAAGUUCACCGAACGAGACGACGAUCCAGAUUAUGAUCGGUGCGUUGUGCAAAGAAGGGAAACUGAAAGAGAUAGUCGAUUUGAUAGAUAAGAUUCACGGGAAGAGAUGUUCACCGCCGGUGAUCGUGAACACGAGCUUGGUGUUUAGGGUUUUGGAAUCGGAUCGGAUUGAAUUAGGUUUGAGUUUGUUGAAGAGAUUGUUGCAGAAGAACAUGGUGAUUGAUACGAUUGGCUACUCUCUCGUCGUGUACGCAAAGACGAAGGGAGGAGAUUUGGAGUCUGCACGGAAUGUGUUCGACAUAAUGCUUCAGAGAGGCUUCGACGCGAACGCUUUCGUUUACACGGCGUUUGUGAAAAUGUAUUUGAGUAGAGGCGAUGUUGAAGAGGCGGAGAAGUUGAUGAUUGAGAUGGAGAGCUCCGGGAUCGAUCUGUAUGGAGAGAGUUUUGAUGCCGUUGUCAAGGGUUUCGCGAGGUUUGGGAGAGAAGAAGAAGAGAGCUUGAGGUAUUGUGAGGUAAUGGUGAAGAAAGGUCUUGCUCCUAGUUGUUCUGCUUUAAAUGAGAUGCUGAAGAGAGUGAGAAAGAUUGAGAAUGUUAAACGAGCUAACGAGAUGUUAACUAAGUCGAUGGAAUUAGGGUUUGUGCCUGAUGAGGAUACGUACUUGCAUUUGAUUCGAGGGUUUGUAGAAGGGAACGAUGUCGAAGAAGCUUUGAAGCUGUUCUACGAGAUUGAGUAUCGGAAGAUUUGUCCUGGUUUCGAGGUGUUUAGGUUGCUAAUUGUGGGACUUUGUUCUUGUGGUAAAGUGGAAGCCGGAGAAAAGUACUUGAGGGUUAUGAAGAGAAGGUCGAUGGAGCCUAGUGAAGAUGUAUACGAGGCAUUGAUCAAGGCUUUUCGAAAAAUUGGGGAUCAAACGAAUGCUGAUAGAGUUUAUGAUGAGAUGAUAUCCAAUCAAAUGAGUCAAAAUCGUGUUACGGUUUUGGGAUAG